AUGGUGUGCCCUUUUGAAGAAGAUCUAGUGGACGUGGAAGCACAGAUUAUACGAAAUCUUUUCCGCCGUGAGAUGCUUUCAAUUUCAGGGUUCCCAAAUGUCAUUGGAUGCAUUGGUGGAACCCACAUUCCUAUUAAAGCUCCUUCAGUCAAUGAAGGAGACUAUGUUAAUAGGAAGUCAUUCCAUAAUAUCAAUGUGCAGGUAAUAUGUGAUGCAUCCCACCUCAUCACAAAUGUUGAAGCCAAAUGGCCAGGGUCUGUAAACGAUGCCAGAAUUUUCCGGGAGUCAGCGUCGUGACACAAAUUUUAACAAGGAAACUUCAGUGAUUACUUGCUGGAGGACAGAGGGUACCCCUGUCUGCCCUAUAUGAUGACCCCCUACCCUGAACCUGGACCACAGACACGAUUUAACCUGGCCCACAGCAGAACACGGGCCAAGGUGGAAAUGACCAUUGGCAUCCUGAAGGCCAGGUUUCAGUGCCUGCGUGGGCUCAGGGUUAGUCCAGAAAGGGCAUGUGACACAGUGGCAUGUGUGGUUCUUCACAACAUUGCCACAAUAAGAGGCAAGAGGGCCCCCCCUUCUCUUGAUGAAGAUGGUCAAGAGGAACCCCCAGUGAACCCAGUGGACCAAAGAGAUGGAAGGAUGGUACGGGAGGUGAUCUGCCAAAAUCACUUUUAA